AUGGCGGCUGUGCCCGUCUCGCAGACUGAAGUCAGUGGCACUGUUGACCGUGGGCAGAAUGCGCAGCAGUACGAUGUAAUUGUAGUUGGUGCCGGCUUCUCUGGCAUUGCCAACCUGUACCGGUUGAGGAAAGCUGGGUUGAAAGUGCAUGUGUUUGAGGGUGCGUCCGAUUUUGGUGGCGUGUGGUACUGGAAUCGCUACCCUGGAGCUCGCGUGGACAGCGAGACUCCAUUCUACCAACUCAACAUCCCCGAAGUCUACAAGACCUGGAACUUUUCUUCGCGCUACCCCGACCACCGCGAGCUCCGGCAAUACAUGGCCCAUUGUGACAAGGUGCUCGGCCUCCGCAAAGACGUCUCCUUCAACAGCAGAGUGUGCUCCGCGGAAUUUGACGCAGCCACUGCACAAUGGCACGUCAGGACGGAGAAUGGCAAACAGGCCCGCGCUCAGUUUCUCAUCCUUGCUUCGGGUCUCCUUCACCGCACAUACAAGCCUGACUUCCCCGGCCUGGCCUCCUACAGGGGGAUUUUGCACCAUUCCGGUGCCUGGCCUGAAGAUACCUCCGUCAAGGGGAAGCGUGUCGCAAUUAUAGGCGCCGGUGCGACGUCCGUCCAGCUCGUACAGGAACUAGGCAAAGAGGCAGAGCACCUGACAAUGUUCAUGAGGCGGCCAUCUUACUGCCUCCCCAUGGGCCAGCGGGCCUGGUCCAAGGAAGAGCAGAAUCAACUCCGUGCUUAUUACCCCACUCUUUUCGCUGCAGGCAGGAAGUCUGCCGUUGGCUAUCCUACUCCUCGCACAGAUGUCCGUGUGGAGGAUGUGUCGGCCGAAGAGAGGGAGGCGUUUCUAGAGGAGAUGUGGAAUGUUGGAGGGUACCACUUUGCGGUGAGGAACUACAAGAAUAUUGCAUUGGAGCCCGAGGCGAACAAGGUCGUUUAUGAUUUCUGGAAACAGAAAGUCCGCGCCCGCUUCACUAACAAAGAGAAAGCCCGCAUGAUGGCCCCGGACGACGCGCCGUACUACUUUGGCACCAGACGAAGCCCUCUAGAGCACGAUUACUACGACGUCUUGGACAGGGACAACGUAUCUAUCGUUGAUCUGAACGCCAAUCCUCUGGAAACUUUCACUGAGAAGGGUAUUACGCUCGGUGGCGAAGACAGUGAACGGGAAUUCGACGUUGUGGUGUUGGCCACAGGUUUCGACUCGUUUACUGGUAGCUUGACACAGAUGGGGUUGAAGAAUAAGGACGGUGUGGACAUCAAGGAUGUUUGGGCUAACGGUGUGAGAACGUAUCUCGGUAUGACCGUGGCUGGGUUUCCGAAUGCGUUCAUGGUAUAUACGUCGCAGGCUCCAACGGCUUUCUCCAAUGGCCCCACCAUCAUCGAAGCGCAAGCGGAUUUCAUCUGCGACACCAUCGCUACACUGCGUGCUCAAGGCGCCAAAACAAUCGAGGCCAGGCCUGAAGCAGAGGAGGAGUGGAAGUCCGCUAUGAACGCUGUGGUGCAACACACCCUUCUCCCCUACACCCCCAGCUGGUGGAACGGCUCCAAUAUCCCCGGCAAAGUCGCUGAGAAUAUGACGUAUAUCGCGGGAAUCGACAACUACGAGGCUGAAUGCCGUGCGAAGAUGGCAGGCUGGAAGGGUUUCGAAAUCUCUCCGGCGCCGGCUGAGGUGACGAAUGUGAAGAGCGCCGGGAUAACCGCUACGACGACGGAGGUGGUGGGUGUGGAGGCAUAG